AUGCCUGCAUCCCAACGACGACUACGCGUUGCUUUCAUCCAUCCGGACCUUGGCAUUGGCGGCGCUGAGCGCCUUGUCGUCGACGCUGCCAUAGGUUUGCAGGACUUAGGCCACUCUGUGGACAUAUACACGUCACACCACGAUCCAGGACAUUGUUUCGAAGAAACUAGAGACGGUUCACUACGUGUGCACUAUGUUGUUCCACCCUUCCCGCGUUCUCUGGGAGGGAAGUUUCACAUUCUCUUUGCACACACACGACAACUGCACUUGACCGCGCAUCUCCUCCGGCCAGGCGCACCGACAUAUGAUGUGUAUUUCGUUGACCAGCUGUCUACAUGCGUUCCUUUCCUGCGAGCCUUUGGACACACUCGUGUCGUAUUCUACUGCCAUUUCCCCGACAAACUCCUCGCAAAUGGAGCUUUUGUGGAGGGAAAUCUGGUGAAGAAAAGGGUUGGUCUUCUGAAGAGGCUAUAUAGGCUACCAAUGGAUUGGUUGGAAGAAACUACAACAAGUCAAGCGGACAUCAUCCUCGCGAACUCAAAGUUUACAGCAAGGAUAUUCAAGACCUACUUCCCAAGCAUUACCGAAAAUCCAGGUGUGGUUUACCCUGGGAUCAAUAUAUCGAACUACGACGCCCCAUUCAACAACCUGGACGAAGACAUUGUUUCAAUAACAUCCCAUCGACAAACUCUCCUUUCACUCAAUCGUUUUGAGGGCAAAAAGAACAUCGUUCUUGCCCUAGAAGCUUUUGCCAUCCUCAAAACCAAACGUCCAGAAAUAACAGACCUGAGACUCGUCAUCGCAGGUGGCUAUGAUCCCCGCCUCGAAGAUAACGACAGAGUCCUCAUGCAACUCCAAUCCAUGGCCAACACCCACGCACUCACAUGGAACGUCCUCUCCCCCUCCAAACUCCCAUUCAAAACCUCCAGGUCCAACCCCAACCCCGACGUCCUCUUCCUCCUCAACUUCACCACAGCCCAACGGACAGCUCUCCUCCGCAGCCCAUCCACCAUCGCCCUCCUCUACACACCUGCGAAUGAGCACUUUGGCAUCGUCCCCGUCGAAGCUAUGGCGUGCGGUCUCCCAGUGCUCGCAUGUGACUCUGGGGGGCCUAUCGAAAGCAUAGUGAACUCUCCAGAGGAUGAGUUCACGGGGUGGCUGAAAACACCUGACGCGGAUGUAUGGGCUGACGCCCUCACGGAGAUUUUGGAUUUAUCCCCAGAGGACCGCGAGGCUUUGGGAAGACGGGCAAGGAGGAGGGCUGAGGAAAUGUUUAGUAUGGAUGCGAUGGCGCGGGGUUUGGAAGAGGCACUUGAAGAGGCGGUGGGUAUGGGCCCUGUGGAUGUGUGGGGCGCGUGGAGAACAUUGGCGAUUAUGUUGACCGGAUUUUUCAUUGCUCGUUGGCUGGGCCCACUCUUCCUCCCGGCAAAAUGA